AUGCUGCUCAUUCUCAUUCAGUUUGUGAAGUGUGGAUAUGCCGGCUCUAAUUUCCCAGAGCACAUUUUCCCGGCUCUGGUGGGGAGACCGAUCAUCCGCUCCACAGCCAAAGUGGGAAACAUCGAGAUCAAGGACCUGAUGGUGGGCGACGAGGCGAGCGAGCUGCGCUCCAUGCUGGAGGUGAACUACCCGAUGGAGAACGGGAUCGUGAGGAACUGGGACGAUAUGAAGCACCUGUGGGACUACACUUUCGGCCCCGAGAAGCUCAACAUCGACUCCCAGAACUGCAAGAUCCUGCUCACAGAGCCGCCCAUGAACCCCACCAAGAACCGAGAGAAGAUCAUCGAGGUGAUGUUUGAGACCUAUCAGUUCUCAGGCGUUUAUAUCGCCAUCCAGGCCGUGCUCACUCUGUACGCUCAAGGUCUGCUGACGGGUGUGGUGGUGGACUCUGGAGACGGUGUCACUCAUAUCUGUCCAGUGUAUGAAGGUUUUUCUCUUCCUCAUCUCACGCGGCGUCUGGACAUCGCCGGACGCGACAUUACACGCUACCUCAUCAAGCUGUUGUUGUUGAGAGGUUAUGCCUUCAAUCACUCAGCGGACUUCGAGACGGUGAGGAUGAUGAAGGAGAAUCUGUGUUACGUGGGCUAUAACAUCGAGCAGGAGCAGAAGCUUGCGCUGGAGACCACCGUGCUGGUGGAGUCCUACACGGUGAGUUCAGCCUGGGCUGAGUUUUACAAACACAUCGUUUUGUCGGGUGGUUCUACGAUGUAUCCUGGUCUGCCGUCUCGUCUGGAGCGUGAGCUCAAGCAGCUUUACCUGGAGAGAGUGCUGAAGGGAGAUGUCGACAAGCUCUCGAAGUUUAAGAUCCGCAUCGAGGAUCCUCCACGCCGUAAACACAUGGUGUUUUUGGGUGGAGCGGUGCUAGCCGACAUCAUGAAGGACAAAGACAACUUCUGGAUGACCAGAGAGGAGUACCAGGAGAAGGGCACACGCGUUCUGGAGAAGCUGGGGGUCACCGUUAGAUAAAUCACACACACAACAUUGCACUCACACUCCCAGUCACACGGUGGCAUUUUGGCAGUGUAAACACACAAAGGUUUUCUUCAGUUUAUGAGGAUAUACUUGAGAACAACGGUUUUUCAAAUACUUGAACUUCUUUGCAAUCCAAAAAAAGAGUGCUUAAUGUUUGUACGACAUUCCAAAUGUAAAGAUUCAUAUCACCGCUGCACAUCACGAGACAAAAAUUGAAUGAAAUCGUUUAUGCUGCCAAAAUUAAUCCUCAAACGAUCCCUCAUGUAUCACCAUAUCAUGACCUGUCCGUCUUAUGACUUCACAUUGACCCUAAAAAAGAGUAAGAAACAGGAGAAUGUUGUGUAAGUAGAGGGACAAAACAA